AUGGAAACCGUUGAGCAGCUCGUCUCCUUCCACCAUAUUCAAGUCCAGCUGAGCGGGGGCGCGCCUUGGGGGUUCACGCUGAAAGGAGGGCUUGAGCACGGAGAGCCGCUCAUCAUCACUAAAAUCGAGGACAGAGGGAAGGCUGCCCACUGCGAGAAGCUGAAAGUUGGAGAUGAACUCAUCAACAUUAACGGGUCCGCACUUUACGGCAGCCGACAGGAAGCCCUCAUCCUCAUCAAGGGCUCGUACAGGAUACUGAAGCUCACAGUGAGGAGGCGCAGCAUUCCUCUCAUCAGAUCUCACUCCUGGCACUUGGCGAAGCUGUCGGAGUCGCUCCUACCCCCUCCUCCACCUCCUCCGUCGCCCCCACCUCUGCCCCCUGCAGACUCCCCUCCACUCCCCCCUCCUCCACCUCCCCCUCCGUCUGCCAUGCAUCUCCACUCCGGCUCCUACGCAUUACCCUGGCACUCAGCUGACAGCAGUGACUUGUCGAUGCAGUGGGCUCAGUUGCCCAGACCAUACUCCUCCACUGACCAAAGCAGCUCCCUGGGCUCUAUGGAGAGCUUGGACACACCAACACCAACUACACAGCCAUACUCUGGCUCCCACAGUUCACCUGUUGACCCCACCCUCUUCAACAACAAGCGAGACUCGGCCUACAGCUCCUUCUCAGCUAGCUCAAACACGUCUGACUAUGCCACUGUGCCACUAAGGCCUGGUGAAGCCUGCUCUAUGGACAACCUUCUAAAAAGUCUUGGGCCAGCAUGUCAAAGCUACCAUGGUGACCCUUCAACCUUGGAGAGGCCAUCGGAUGAGGCCCCAGAUCUAAUUGCACACAAGUCAAGAUCGUUAACCAGGCCCAGACCAAGACCUGCAGAGGUUAAAGAGAGGCCUUCAUCCUGCUGUUAUGAGCAGGAGCGGAAAGGAGGAGAUUUUGAGAUGUUAAAAAAUGGAGAAUCUCGAAUGGAGAGGAAGAGUAACCCCCCUCAGCCACCAACCAGGAAGGACAGUUUUCGGGCCACCCAGAGUCACACUGAUGCUGCCAACAAACUUUGCACUUCUGCUCCUACUGAAGAUCACAGUGUUUUUUAUUAUGAAGAAAACAAGUCUUGUCUAAAUUCUGAAUUUGUAAUUCAGAAUGGUUUUCCUGCACCAGAAGAGUGUGACCAACCUGAGAGUUUACAGAUAGAGGCAGUAGAUUCACAUUUUAUCCAUAGUCAAAUUGACGGAGUUCGACAUAUUAGAUGCGAUAGCAAUGCAAGAAAAGAAUACAAAUCAGAGACCACCUCAGGUGAUCUCUCUGACUCAGUGACAGCAUCUGAAGAAAAAGAGCCCAUCACUCUUUCCAGUCCAGCAUUGUUGUUUUCUGAAUCUUCCAUGAACAAUCAAGUUCACUCUAAACAAUCCAAUGCUGGGCUGCACCGGCACAGUGCCCCUGAGCAUCUUCUCACUACUCAAAUUCAGUUACUUCAGUUUAACAGUGACAACUCUUCUGUAGAGCCUUACAACCCCUCAAAUCCUUCUGACCCCACACUGUCUCUUUGUAGCAACCAGUGGUCUAAUUCAUCAUCAGUCCAGCCUACAACAAAUGACCACGAAGCUUUUCAGAAGCAGCUUCCUUCAAAUAAAUGGAGUGGUAGCCAGUGUCCAACCCCAGGUUCAGUCUUCUUGGAAGUGGAAGAUGGUGUUUCAAAUGAAAGGCUGGAAGGAAACAUAAAUGGUAGGUCCCUUUCACCAGUUCAGUGUCAUAUGCCUUAUGGUCGCUCCGUAAGUGUGCCUGGUGAACCCACAAGGUUGUCACCCCAGGAAAAACUGAGCUCUGGUCAGAUAGCAGAGAGCGAUUUUCAGCCCCUUUGUGCUGCUGCUAGUAUGGAUACUUUACUCCAGGAGCAAGCAGUUAUAGAAAAGGGCAGGUGUGGGCCUAAAAAAGAGGACCUUGGGGAAAAAGAGGAAUACACAAAAAAGUCUAACCCAUCUAAAAACUAUCGACGGAACCGUCGGCGAAAUGAGCGAUUUGCUACCAACCUCCGCAAUGAGAUUCAGAGGAAAAAGGCCCAGCUUCAACGUAGUCAUGGUCCAGGAGGACUGCUCUGCAGCAGAGAAACCGUCCAAGAAGAGGAAGGUUCAGACCAUUGUGAAGAGGAAACCAUCUCAAACCUUUCUGUUCAGAACAAGUGUGCCUCACCAGCAGUCCUUCAAGAUUCCCAUAUAUCAUCACAAGUCAGGACAUCAAACACCUUAAGUGAGUCAAACUGUGAUAUCCUUCAAACCCAGUCCACAACCUACACUGAGAACAAUUAUCAAUCCAGGUCUGUCCAGAUUCUGGACCCAGGCAUCCCUAGUUUUGGCGUUGGCGUCAGAGUUGUGGAGGAACCAGCACCUGCUGGGAAGGCUCGCCGCUGGCGUUGGACCCCAGAGCAUAAACUACAGCCAGAACCAGAUGGAGACCGACAAUGUAGAGUCUCUGACGAAAGGGUGUUGGGGCUCACAGAGUCACGUCAUGGAGUCUGCGCCUUCACCUCCUCAUCCAACUCCCCUCACAGUCGCUCCUCUUCGUACACACGAAAGGAGGAGUCAGAUAUUCUUCCAUUUGCAGAAAGAAUGAAGUUUUUUGAAGAGACUUGCAAAGGCAAACCAAAUGCUUCCAAUGCAUCACAUUACAGGCAGAAAAACACUGAAUGUCAUCCCGAGCACCACACAGGAGAAUUUGGUCAACAUUCAACCCAGAGGAGAUACUCCUACCAGGGUGGACUGCAACAAGAAAGUGUCCAACUUCCAAACACUGUGGAGGCCAGAAGGCAGUCUGUGAGCGCCAUCAGGGAGAGACAGAAAGAGAUGGAGAGGGAACGGUUCAGAGAAACGGAGGAGAGAGAAGAGAGGUUAAGAGAGAUGGAAAGGCAACAGGAGAUGGAAAGACAAGAGAGGGAGUUAGAUAUUGAGUGUGCAAGGCAGAGGGAGAUGCAAGAACAGAGGGAGCGAGAGGAGAGGGUGAGACAGUGGGAGAGAGAAAGAGAGAAGAAAAGAGAAGAAGAAUGUCAGCUUACCUCUUAUAAUGAGUGUUAUGGUAAUCCUGGCAUCAAAGAAAGAGAUAAAGACUUUGAACAUAAGGAAUAUUUAUACAACUGCCAACCCAAGCCUCCAAUGUUCUCUCAGAGCCAAAUACAAACACAGGUCCCGCAGUCAGGGUUUUAUCCAGUCAGUCAUCCUUUACAUCCACUGGAGAACCGCCAACCUCUGCAUCAAGGAUACUCUGCAUGGAGCUACACUCCCUCAGAGGCGUGUCACGCCCGGCAACAGGAAACCACCAAGCUGAACAGGAAGUACAGUUUGACAGAAAGGGAGCUGAAAUCAUGACAUUCUCAGCAGCAUCACCUCCAUCAGGCUCAGUGGGACUCCAGACGGACUGACAGCAGCAGUGGCGAUCGAAACGGUUACGCCUUUGCUCCUCCGCCGGCUCCUCUCUUUCUUCGAGGACGAGCCAUGUCUGAAAACGACCUCCGCUUUGAAAGCAGCCACCGCUGGUCUCCGUCUCUGUUCUCUGCAACCAGCCAGAUGCUGAGCGAGGUGGAGGAGGCAGGAGACUCAACGAGUCCUGCCAGGCAAAGCAGGAAGAAAGCUCCACCCAGGCCGCCGCCCCCCAAGUGGGAGCAAUUCCACCGCCGACGUGCAUCUCACCACGCCCUGCUUUCUUCCUCUUCCUCUUCUGCUGUCGCUCCUCUCUACAUCCCAGACUCCUUCAACAUCUCAGAGGGGCAGUAUUCAGCUCGUUCCUCCUCCUACGUCCCUCCACCGGAGACAACUCGACAGAGGUCCUACAGUUUGCCCCCAGAGAGGCAGGAAGUCACAGAGAUCUGCCCUCGGUGCAGCUGCAGCCAAACUCAAACCCAGGAGCGCAUGUAUGAACAUGCCCCAUCCAAUCAGAAUCCAGCUCAGUUUCAGCAGCACCCUUUCACCGUGGCUCCGCCCAGUCCCAUGUUCUCCACGAAGAUGUUCAGACCUGUGGCUCCGCCCCAUCCAGAGAAACUGGACCCUCCACCUCAAGCUGAAACCACCACAAGCAGUUCACAUGUGAUGGACAUGAACCAUAGUCCAGAUCAGGACCGGGUAACGAUGAAACCUCACAAACCGCAGCCCAGCGUAAGGCCAGGUGCCGAGUGGGAGAGAACUCCAUCUCCCAGAGUUCAUAGCAACACAACACCAUCUAGUGCUGUAGAAGAUGGGAGUGUCAGUAGAAGUUGUCCUGCUGAGUCUUACUUCAGUCAGAUGGACUUCCAGCAGCAGGUUUGUAUGGACAGAGAUCUCCAGGAGGAGGAGCAGCAGAACCUCCUCGAGCCAGGGGCAGAAUCAGAACCGACCCUGAGCCCAAGCCCGGCUCACAGCCUGGAGGUGGACCUGGAGCUGCCCUUAGAAACGGAUAUCGAUGAUUUCCAGGAGGAGGAGCUCCCAGCAGAGGACGUGCCCCUCACCAGUGAGCUCCCGUGCUUCGCUCAGCCCGUCACGGUUCUGGAAACGGACAUCGACCUGGUGUCGGAUCCAGAGGUGUCGCUGUCCGGAGAAAUUCCAGCAGAGAGCAGCUCUCUGGAGGAGCUGGAGUCGGAGGAGAGCUGCAGAGAGAGGCUGAGCCUGGAGGAGAUGUUCCCCCCGAGCAGUGAGGGGGAGUCGGGCACGGAGAGCUGGAGAGGAGCCUUCCAGCCUGUGGAGCACAACACCGACAGCCUGGACAGACUCUCCACUGCGAGCUCCAGCUGUUCAUCUUAUUACCAAACAUCAGCAGCCAAGGCUCAGCUUCUGUCGCAGAUGAAGGACGUCCCGCAGAGCCGGGAGCAGGACGAGGACGACGAGCUGGCCUACAAGAAGCAGCUGAUGGAGAGUCUCCGGAAGAAGCUGGGAGUCCUGAGGGAGGCUCAGAGAGGACUGCAGGAGGACGUCAGAGCCAACGCACAGCUGGGAAACGAGGUGGAGAGCAUGGUGGUGUCGGUGUGUAAGCCCAACGAGGUGGAGAAGUACCGCAUGUUCAUCGGCGAUCUGGACAAGGUGGUCAGCCUGAUGCUGUCCCUGUCUGGGAGGCUGCUGAGGGUGGAGACGACACUGGAUACACUAGACUCUGAGACGGAGGAGCACGAGAGGCUCCCACUGCUGGAGAAGAAGCGUCAGCUCAUGAGACAGCUGUCUGAGGCUCAGGACCUGAAGGACCACGUGGACCGCAGAGAGCAGGCUGUCAGCCGAGUUCUGGCCCGCUGCCUCACCCCAGAACAGCACCGAGACUACAGCCACUUUGUGAAGAUGAAGGCGGCCUUGCUGGUGGAGCAGAGGCAGCUAGAGGACAAGAUCCGGCUGGGGGAGGAGCAGCUGAGGGGGCUGAGGGAGAGUCUGGGACUGGGACUGGGACUGGGCAUGGGAAUGUCGAUGGGAUACGGACAUUAUUAACUCAACAAUCAAAACAAGACAUGAAGAAGAAGCAGCACUCCAAAACCAAACAAGAAUUCAGAAAACAAAGUUAGCUCUUAAAAGAGUUAAUUUGCAGCAUUUUUUUAAAAUGGCGGAGCUCGAUCGCUACAGUUGUCUGAUGACUCUAAAGCAACAAGUCAUUAGCUUAGCCCAGCACGAAGGUAAAAACACUAAAGAGUCUGUCUGUGGAUGAAUGUAUCCAUGUACUGUACCACCACAGAUCAAACUCAUCUUGUAUUCCAGCUCCUUCAGAUGUAGCAACCCCACAAUACUUCUGUAAGGAGCACUGAGAGAAUUUAGGAAGACAAAAAAUGAUGGAAUCAUAAUAUCAGAGCUCAACACUAACAGAAGGUGAAAGAGGCGUUACAGCAUUAAGAGUAUUUCUCCCAAACAAAUGGAACAAGAAUAAACCUUGUUUUGCCCUUUUAAGACAUUCCCUCGUGCCUGAAACAUGUACUGUACCACUCUUGUUCUUAUCUCACUUGU